AUGGAUCUCGCAGAGGCCGUCAAAGCGAUUCAGCCUUUGCGUGGAGAAAUCGUUCCUAUUCGCACUGUGCAAGAAACACGGCCACCCGAGGAAUUUGGCGACGCCUUCGUCGCAGAAGUCAACGUCAAAGGUGCAGCCAAAGUGAUCAAAGCGCUCGAUUCCAAGUACCCCCGAGUCCCCUCGCUCCCAUUAUCACAUCUGCGCCGUUUCGCAAAGAGAGAUAUCCUGCCCGCGCCACUUCGGGCCAAAUUUGAAGCAGGAGGUUCAUCUGCAGUUGGAGAGCAGAAAACUAUUUUUGUUGUGAUUUCACCCCCAUUGCCUCCUGCAGAAGAACUGCAAGAGCUACUUGCUCCCUAUGCGCCUGAAACAUAUGGCUCCAAUACCCGCUCCGACUCACCUGAUGCAUCUACACCUGCACCCUCACCCUCAAACAUCCGCCUUUUCACCACCAAGAUCCCCCUUCAACCACCCUUCAACUCCGCCCAAGCUGAAAGAUGGAGCAACACCCUCUGGCCCGUUGUAUUUAAUCCUGCCGCGCCCCGAUCCAAUGUUGCCCCGCCCCCUCAAAUUCUGAACCGGGCACAGGAUGCUAUUGAGCCUCGUGCAGGAUACUACCUCUCUCUCGCGCGCAAAGUUGCUGCAGAGGCAAAGCAGUCGGGGCGUGGCCGUGGUGUCGGAGCAGUCGUUGUCGAUCCAUCCAUCGAAGCCGCGAUUGAGGCUGCUGCGUAUGAAAGUGGCGAGUCCAGUACUGAUCGAUGGAUGGAUGCUGUCCUCGCUGUUGGUGGUGAUGUUCGGUUCGCCCGCUCAGAAGCUGGGAAGCCAUCUCAGACAGAUCUACACCCCGGCGUGGCUCCUAACCCGGCCUGUGCAGUGUUCGAUGCUGAUUUGGAAGGCGGGCCAGAUCUGCAUGCACUGAUGCGUGUCGCUGAACUUGUUGCACGACGACGCCGUGAGGAUCCUGAACAUGAGGAGGCCACAGCGGCCAUUUCGACUCCGCUGGCUUCUAUUGCUACGGACCCCCAGCUUUCUUUGCAGCUAAGUCCUCUUGAGUCAUAUUUCCUCUAUCAGCCUGGUCUUUCGACAAUCUCCACCAAUGCGCCUACUGCUGAUUCCGAACGGCUUGUGUCCUCUCCCCUUUCCCCAAAGAAGAGAAAGCAUGAAGAGCCGAAUCCCGAAUCCACCUCGGCUCCUCUUGACACUAUCAGCCUUGGCCCAUCCGCCCAGGGCGUACAAGGCCAAACUCAACCUACAACGCCUCCCCUCCCAGCUCCCCCGCCAUCAACCGUCACGACCUUCGCUGACCCUUCACUCCCGCAUCCCCUAAUUGAGUCAGUAAAGGCGACUCCUAUCUCUUCAGCUCCAGGCACAACUUCUCGUAUUCGCACCCGCUCGCAGGGAGGCUAUCUCUGUACCGAUCUUGACAUUUACAUGUCCCACGAACCGUGUCUUUGUUGCUCCAUGGGCCUGCUUCUCUCCCGAUUCCGGGCUGUUAUUUUUCCGCGUUCGGGUCGGAUGAUAAGUGGCGGCCUGGCAUCUGAGCCAGUCAUUGUGCCUACGCCAGAUCGAGACCCUUGGUGUGAUGAUGAGGACGAGACUGAAGAUGCGGGUGAGAAAUCUGGGGAAGGUGUAGAUGAACGUUUGUAUUAUGGUCUGCAUUGGAGGAAGGAGCUGAACUGGCACGCUUUAGGGUUUGAAUUUGUUGAGUACGAGGAUGACGAUGAGGACAAGGGCGAAGACAAGGGUGAUAAUGUUGUCUUCAAUGCGUGA